CCUGCGCAAAUAAAACAGGUACAUGCGUGUGCAGGUUCCGCACCUGUUAGAGAACUGAAAUAGACUGUUCUCGCUACCAGCACCUUCCACCGGGUAUAGACUUUCAUUAAAGUUUGGUUUCCCCUUUUCAGAUUAUGUUUAGUUAUAAUGUUUAAAUAGUUUAAUGUUUCCAUAACACAGUAUGAAACAAAUUGGGCGUAAUAUUACUGGCCUUUUGUCCUGUAUUGGUUUUGUGAAUGGGAAAACUUCCGUACAAUUUGGAGUCAUGACAAGAUUACCAAAAGUAGUUCUUAUCUUUAUGUUUUUGCCUUUAACAGGCGCGUCUGAUGGGCAGACUACGGAGAAGGUGCUGGGGACGCUGGGAGGCACCGUCACGCUGCCCUGCGUUGGUUCUGCGGAGAAUCAGACUUUAUUCUCGACGUCGUGGUUCAAGGAGGGUAAAAUUGUAGCGAGUCGUAACCAGUCAUCGUACAUCACCAUGGCGGAAGACAAGCGCUUUUCUAUAUCAGACCGCCAGCACCUGACAAUCACCGGCCUGAAUGAAACGGAUCAGGGCCUGUACUACUGCAAUACUUCACGACAAUAUUUUACAGUCCUAGAAGAUAUUCAGCUAUUGAUAGUUAGUGGUCCAGUCGAGGUGGUGAUGGAUAUCGGGCCCACUACAGCUCUCACCAAUGACACCUUCUUCGUCAACAGUGGUUCUAAUGUAACCAUCAGGUGCUCCAGCAACUCAUUCCCAUCACAGAACCUCUCCUUGAUCUUUGAGGAUGUCAAAACCUUGACUUCCAGCCCCGACUCGUCGCUUGAAUUUCACCUGCACAACAUCCAGCCAACCAAUCAAGGGCUAUACCACUGUGUGGCCCGAAACCUGGUUUCCAAUGUUACAGUUACCAACAAAACCCAGCUGUUUGUAUACCGCGCUCCUGAUGGACAUCCAAAAUGCUACAGUAAGACAGGAAAUGAUUCUACCGAACUCCUCUUGGACUGCAGCUGGCCUGGAGGUUACCCUGCACCCAUGCUGCACUGGACAGAGGUGUUGGGUGACCAGACAACCAAUAAACCUGUGCUGAAUGUUUCUAAAAACACUGACACCUUGGAGGAGGUGUUAAACCGGACAUUGCUGUAUGAUGGACAGACUCUGAUAUGCUACAAUUAUUACCAGCCGCUUGACUUGAAGACAGACCCUUGCAGCAUCACCCUACGGUCACCAUAUCCUGAAGGAGACCCCCUAGUGACCGCAGUGGAAGGUGACAACAUCACAUUAUCAUGUGAAGAGGCAAAAUCUGUCCCUGAAGCUAAAACCACCUGGAGAAGGACACUCAAGGAAGAUGUCAUCCUCCCCAGCAGUAGACAUAUCAUCAGUAAGGCGGGUCCCAUGCUCCGGCUCACGAUUGUGAACGUCACCCAACAGGAUGAAGGAGCUUACUUCUGUAGGAGUGAAAAUCCCAUCCAGGAUAUAGAAUUAGAGAUCAUCCUAACCGUCAAGUCUUCUGCAAGGAACACAGGUGGAAUAAUUGGGGCGUUCCUAGCAUUCUUAAUUUUUGGAGCAGGGAUUGUCAUUGGUCUUUCAGCCUACCGCCACCGUGACAGGAUUUGCCUGGGUAAUGCCUUCAUUCGCAUGGGUGAUGACAGGACUGACGUGUUAAACCUGGUCGAGUCGGAGGAUGAGAAUGAGGAGGUCAUCGCAGACACAACGAUAACUACCGUUGAAAAUGGCCACCCUUCGUCUCUGGUGCAGGUCCACUGCUUCCUGUCCAGUGAUAAUGAGGAUCAAGGCAGCACCCCUACAGAGGAAAAAGACAUCAUACCUUCACCUGAACAUCCUGAAUUCACAGAUUGACCAGAUUUACAUGGAAGCCCUUGUUUUGCGAUGAAUGUAUAUUCCCUGCAUGAAUGUGAUCCAGUGGAAUGUCAGUUGAUUCUACCAAUUUGUAAAUGUCUUUUUUAUAGUAAACCGUUAUGUCAUUCUUAAAUUCAGUACUUUGUGUUGUAAUAUUCAGGGUUAUUUGAGAUGUUUAAAAAAUUUCUUUAAAUUCUGUAAAUUUAUCUGUAUAUAUGAUUAUGUACUUGUUUACAGUGAAUGACAUAAAACUAUUAAUCGCCUUUAAA